GUCCGUGUGGGAAACAGCAGACCUUCGCUUCGCAAACCCAGAGAACGAAGUGGCCUUCUGCGAAGGAUUGCAAUCACAGUCGCUGCUGCUUGCUGCCCUUGCAGGCUUGAGCUUUGCAGCCUUUCAGCUGGUAAUCAUCGCAAUCCUGUUGGUGGACGAGGAAACGCUCAGAGAAGAUGUUCUUAGUGGAGUCUACUCCAUUCACUUCUUGCUGCUUCCUGCCAUCGCAGCAGCAUCUAUUGGUAUAGUCAGUGUCGGGAGCCUUGUCAAAGAAAUCACAAGGCGCUCCUGCGUGCUGUUAGAACCGCUAUGGGCCUUUGCUAUUGCUAUCAAUAUCAUUGUUGGAUUUUUUCAGUCACGAGCUGGGCGAUCAUUGCUCGGUGGAAGGACCCUCUCUGGGACUCUCUCUGGCUGCAUGGAUGACCGGAUUGAUCUCGAAAUCUCUGCAGUUCUUCUGACCGCCUUGGUUUCGAUUUGUUGUCACUGUCACCUUCCACGAUGCUGCUACCUUUGGCUAUUGGUGGGACUGGCAAUGGUGUCUUUCGUUAUCCAGGCUUUCGGCACCGUAUGUGAGUUUUCGAAAGCUCAAGGACUUGCACCUCGGCUCCUAAAUAUUGGCAUGAUGUUUUUUCUCCUGACCACUUCAUACAGUGCAGCUCAUAGGCUGGAGAAGAAGCACCGCGAGGGAUGGCUGCGAACUUCCCCUCAGGAGCAAAUCGUCCGUGAGGCCUUGGCCCGGAAAGAGCUCGGGAAGAUUGCCUUGGCACGCGACCUCAAAAUCUUCAGAUUGUAUGGCUGCUGCCUUGUCUUUGGCCUAUUUCAGGACUUCCGAAUCAGCAGGGGUGCUUCCCGCACUGCUCGAACUUUGUUUGGUGCUGCAGUGACUGGGAAAAGCUUCCUCUCUUUUGUCGCCGAGGAGAACAGGGAAGAGUUCUCUGCAUUUUGCCAGCGUAGUGAUGGGUCCAGGAUUCCCAAAAGCAUGGGGCUGAAGUUGAUAGUCCAGGAUGCAUUGGAGCCUGCUCAUGUGUUGGUCAUUCACCAUGGUCGUCAUAGAAGCAAAGAAUUCUUGAUGGGCAUCAGGCGCGGAGACGACAGCUCAAUCUGUCCAUCACAAAGUGUGUUGGAUAUACUCAAAAUGCCAGAGAAGGAAAAGAGCAAUUUCCAGCACCCGAUUGUUCCUGUCGCCUCUACCGACUACAUUGAACCUUUUGAACUGGAGCAUCCAGACAAACGCCUGCCAAUGAUGCAAGAUGAUGAGCCUGCGACUAUAAAGAGUGCAAGGAGCUCGGACUAUUCUGGCUUCAGCAGCGGUGGCAGCUCUGCAAGUCUUUGCUUCUCUGAAUCACAAGAUGGAAGUUCAGGCUUCAGCCAAGUCUUGUCACGCCGAGAUCAGAGAACACAGACCGAUGCAUUCCUAUGUCAGACUGACCAGUGCGUGGAGACAGUAGUUCCCUGGAAGGACGUGGGGUUUCGGUGUAAAUGCUCCAAUCGCGCUCCAAAACCUCUGUCUGAAGAAAGAAGAGCUGCUAUUGCCUGCCGCGAUUUCCGGCCACGAAGGCAGAAACGCAAAGUCUCUUCUUCUCUUGAGGCCAUGUCUGGAACCUGGGCUCUUGAAUCCCAGUUCAUUGGCAUUGCCCAAAGCUUUAUGCAUCGCUUGACGUUUGUGGGCAACAGGUGCAUUGAUGCACGCGGACAGAAGUGGAAAGUGACACAAGAGGGCAACGACUUUUUCCUGAUCAAGGGACGGAUUUGGACAAGUGGCGGCGUGCUCUUCCGGGAGGGAAAGUCUGGCAUUGUGAUGCGUUUCCAACCAGAGGAGGAGGAAGCGGACCCAUUUGAGUUCGCCGAGGAUCCGGAUUUGAAUUUUGAAGAGGACGAGCAGGAUGGCCUCAAAGUUCUGGAGAACAUUCUGUCUGAUGGCUACUUCACGAGUUUGACAACAGAUCAUUGA